AUGUUUAAAAAUACAAAAAUAAUAAUCAUUGGUGCUGGAGCAGCGGGUAUUUCAGCAGCAGCCAGAUUAAUAGAAAAAGGAUUAGAAAAUAUUAUAAUUCUCGAAGGAAAAGAUCGAAUUGGUGGUCGAAUACAUACAGUAGAAUUUUCUGAUAAUGUUGUAGAAUUAGGAGCACAAUGGGUUCAUGGUGAACAUGGAAAUAUUGUUUUUGAUCUUGCUUCUCCACACAAACUAUUAGAUUCAUCAAAAUGCUUCAAUGAUUUUGAUAAACAUAUAUUUGUUACUGCAAAUGGAGAAAUUCUUUCAAAAAAAGAAAGUGUAGAAGCAUUUAAAAUAUAUUAUGAUAUUUCUGAGAAUAUAUCAGAUUCUAUACAUAAUGCAGAAUCAUAUGGAGAAUAUUUUAUAAAUCAAUUUUAUAAAACAUUUAAUGAAAAUCCGUUUACUAGUCGUGAUAGAGCAGAACAAUUAUUAGAUUGGAUGCAUAAAUUUGAUAAUUCUAUUCAAUGCAGUGAUUCAUGGUUUGAUGUUUCUGCAAAAGAAAUUACAAAUUAUUGGACUUGUGAUGGAGAUCUUGUACUUAAUUGGAAAGAUCGUGGUUAUAAAACAUUAUUUGAUUUAUUAUCUCAAAAAAUAUCAACUAUCAAGAAUAAUUUGUCUAUAAUAGAAAAAAUAGAAUUUAAUAAAAAUGUUGAUAAUAUUAAUUAUAUUUCAAAUGAUAAUAUAAUUGUAAAAACGAAAGAUAAUUCAAAAUAUAUGGCAUCUCAUGUUAUAUUUACUGCAUCUCUUGGUGUUUUAAAAGAGAAACAUAUGACAAUGUUCACUCCACUUUUGCCUGAAAGAAAACAAAAUGCAAUAAAGGGUUUAAAUAUUGGAACUGUAAAUAAAGUAUUCUUGGAAUUCCCACAUAGAUGGUGGCAAGAAGAAUGUGCUGGUUUUAAUUUAAUAUGGUCCAAGGAAGAUAAAGAAAAAUUUAUUGCAUUAUAUGGACAAGAAUACGAAUGGUUAUGUGAUGUUUUUGCAUUUAUUUCUGUGGAUUAUCAAUCAAGAGUACUAUGUGCAUGGAUCUCUGGUAAAUUUGCAAAACAAAUAGAAUUACUUUCUGAUAUUGAAAUAUCUGAUGGAUUGUAUUUAUUACUUGAAAUGUUUUUAAGUAAAAAAUAUAAUAUCCCGAAAUUUGAUCAAAUACUUAGGUCAUCAUGGUAUACAGAUGAAUAUUUUCGUGGAUCAUACACUUUUAAAAGUAUAACAACUGAAAAGCUAAAUGUAGAAACAAAAGAUUUGAUUGAUCCUAUUAUAACAGCUAAUGGAAAACCUAUAAUUCUUUUUGCUGGAGAGGCGACACAUGAACAUUAUUAUUCUACUGUGCAUGGAGCAGUUGAAACUGGCUUCAGAGAAGCUGAUAGAAUAAUAGAUUUUUAUAGAAAACGUGGUUGGAUAAACAGCUUCGAUAAAUUGGAAAGGACAGCAAAUACUUCAAAUCAAAGAAUAACAAAAACAAAGCUUGUAAUAAUAGGUGCAGGCAUUGCAGGAUUAGCAGCUGCGAAAACAUUAGAGGAUGCAAAUUUCAAAGAUUAUUUAUUAAUCGAAGCUCAAAGCGAAGUUGGUGGUCGAAUUCAAUCAAUACCAUGGAAUAAAGGUUGGAUAGAAUGUGGUGCACAAUUUGUACACGGUGAUAAAAGUCCGUUAGCACAAUUAUGUUAUAAACAUGAUUUGCUCUCAGAUAUACAAUGCAAAGAUGGUCAAGGAAUUUUUAUUCGUGACAAUGGUUGUAAAGUAGAUGAAACUUUGAUAGAAGAGAUAGACGAUCUUAUUCGUAAUACAUUAGAAGAUUGCGAAGAUUAUGAAAAUAAGGAUAUCAAAAUAGAGUAUGAAAAUAUUGGUGAAGUUUUAAGAGAUUCUCUCAAUAAAUACUUACUUCAAAAAAAUGAUUCAGUAGCAAUAAAAACCAUAAAAAAGGAAAUUUUUGAUUGGAAUGUUAGAUUCCUCGUAAUAGAUAAUGCAUGUUUUACGAUCGAUGAAUUAUCUACAAAAUAUUGGGGAAAAUUUAAGUUUGUUGGUGGUCCAGAACAUCUUUCGUUUAAAUCCUGAUAUAAGGAUUUAAUCCAAGUCAUUACAGAUGAUUUGGAAAAAAAAAAUUUACAUCUAAAUACCUCUAUAGAUUCAAUCGAAUGGAAAAAAACAAUAAAUAAUAAUUUUGAUUCUCCACUUGUAUUAAAUGCUUCUAAUAAUACCCGCAUUCUUGCGGAUUGUGUAAUAAUUACUUGUUCUCUUGGUUAUUUAAAGGAGAAUUAUAAAAGAAUGUUCAUUCCAUCUUUACCAUCUCAUUUCAGUGAAGGAAUUGAAUGUUUGGGCUUCGGUUUAAUAAAUAAAAUUUUUCUCGAUUAUGGUAUUUCUUGGUGGAAACCUAACACGAAAGGAUUUCAAUUACUUUGGAAAGAAGGAAUGUUUUGCAAUAAAAAUUUAGCUCUAUGGACUAGAGAUCUCACAGGAUUCGAUGUUGUGCCGAAUCACGAAGGUGUACUUCUUGGUUGGAUCGGAGGACGCGGAGCUUGCAUUAUUGAAACUUUAAGCGAACAACAAAUUGCAAUGGAUUGUGAAAAUUUACUUAAAUAUUAUUUAAAAUUUGAUAAAAUACCUCCAAUAAAAAAAUGCUUCAAAACACAAUGGGGUACAAACAAAUAUAUUCGAGGUAGUUAUAGUCAUAUUACAACAAAAUGCGAUAAGAAUAAUAUUACGCCAAAUCGUUUAUCAGAACCGAUAUGGAGUAAAGUAAUAGAAAAACAUAGUACCAAGGAUAUACCUAUCAUUUUGUUUGCUGGUGAAGCAACGCACGAAAAUUUUUAUUCUACAACACAUGGCGCUUAUGAUACUGGUGUGAAACAAGCACAAAUUUUUCUACAGCAUCACAUUCUUACGAAUUAAUUGUUAACGAUAGCGUGAAUAUAGAUAGAAUUAUAAAUAUAUAAAUAUAUAUGAGUCUUCUUUGUACAUAGUAUGUAUAUAGUAUACGUAGGCAUAUAUUUAAGUAUACAAAGUUAGUAUAUAAAGAUAUAAAAUAAAUAAAAUAGCCAUAUUUUAUAUUGUAUAGUUUCAUAUAUAUAUAUAUAUAUAUAUAAUUUUUAAUCAAGUCAUGUUCAAUUUACAUAGCUAUAUAUUAAUAAUAUAUAAUAAAUGUAAUAUGGCCUAUAUGUGUAUAAUUACAAAAUGUCUAUAAUUAAAUAAAAUUUAUUAUUUUAUCAUA